AUGCCGUUCCUGAGCCCCCUUGCCGGCGACGACGCCGACGACUACUACUAUGGCUACGACGCCGGGUACCGCCGCGGCAGCGGCAGCGGCGGCGGCACCGGAAAGAGCGCCAAGAAGGACAAGGGCAUCUUCUCCUGCCUCCCCUGCUUCACCCCCAUCUCGCCCGGAGCGGUGGACCCGGCGGCGCAGGCGUACCGCCGCCUCCUCUCCUCGGACUCCAGCGACAGCGACAACGUCGGCGCCGUCGACCUCACCGCCGACCUCGCCCGCCUCCGCCUGCGCUACUCCCGCCUCGCCGCCGGCCCGCCCGUCCGCCCGCGCGACGUCCCCGCCCUCAUCGCCCGCCCGGACGACCCGCCGCUCGCCGUCGCCGCGCUCUCCUGGCUCGGCGGCGACCUCCGCCCCUCCUGCAUCCUCCGCACCCUCCUCCCGGCGCUCUUCCCCUCCCUGCCCUCCCACGCCCGCGACGCGCUCUCCGCCGCCGCGCGCCGCCUCCAGGCCCGCGAGGCCGCGCUCGACGGCGAGGUGGCCGAGUACCAGGCCACGUACGCCAUGAAGCUCGCGUGCGAGAACACCAAGGACGGCUUCGCCGACACGGCCGCCGAGGAGGUCUGCAAGAUGGCGCGCGCCGCGCGCCGGGCCGACAAGCUGCGCUGGCGCGCCGUGGAGGCCGCCGUCAAGGAGGUGCUCGCGCCGGCGCAGGCCAAGGAGUUCCUCAAGGCCGUCGAGGACGUCGCCGCCAAGGUCGGCCGGCACGGCGCCAGGUGGCACGCGCGCGCUGGGCCCCUCUCGGUGCCCGUCGAGGCCUUCGACCGCAUGCGCGCCAAUGCCAGGGCAGCCGCGGAUGAUGCGUGGUGACCGGACCUCCUGGCCAUGCUCGCUUCUCUGAUGACUCAAGGUCGUCUCAUGCCCUAGCUUGGAGGAUUAUUUCUGACUCAAGGUCUCUUUGCAGCUAAUGUUCAGGAGAAAAUUGACGCAUGCACAUGGUGAGAAGAUUCAGUUAGUUUUACUUGACCAGGAGAUGGGUGUUUGCUUCACUUCUUAUUCAGUCAGUUGUCUUGUGUGUUUACUUCAAGGUGAUUACAUCUGCAUCGACAACAGUUUUGAACUUUCUUGAAAUCGCAGCGAUGAUUUUGAAGGAAUGUGGCAAGACAUGGUAGGAUUGGUAGUUAUAUGAGACACUUGAAGUGUUUCAAUCUCUUUGGCUUGGGCUGUUACAGAUAGAAGGGUUCCUUUUAUGAACUUUGCCGUUUUGGAUGAGUUUGAAAGGUUUUGCUUACUCUAUUAGUGUAGCGUUGCUGUUUCUCUGCCUUUGGAGAAAUGUGUUUUCUGAACUCAUGUCAUCCUGAACCAUUUUGAGUCGACCAUCAUUGCGACCGUUCAGUCUAUGUAAUAGAGUAAUAGUCUAUGUAGGAGAAGCUGUCAUAGGGAAAUAUAUGAACGGAUAUAGUCAA